GUUAGAGUUGCAAUUUUGGUUAUGAAGAAACGACAAAAGACUCGUGUGACUAAAAUAUCCAUUCCAAAGGAAUCAGUCAUUGACAAGAAACCGAGUGACAAAGAAAAUGACAUUUUCAGCGUUCAUACUGUAUCCUCUUUGGAAGCUUCAAGUAUUUCAUCCUCUAGCCCUUCUCAACUCAGCGCACAAGAUAUAUGUUUUGAACCAACUUUGAUAAGGGAUAGACAUACUUCGGAUACAUGGAUAGAUAAUGAGCCUAGUUUGGGAUCUUUAAAAAGAGAAGAGGAAGAUAAGGGACCAACGAAUACGUCGAAUACUCAAGAAGAGGAAAACAUACCGAUGAAACAAGAUAGUCAAACAUCAAUAGAUGAUUCUAUGAGUGAUAGUGAAAGCACGUAUAGCUCAGAAACAAGUAGUGAGUUCCAUAUUCGUAACAAACCAAUAGAGAAAAAGCGAAAUACCUUAAAAUAUGCCAAGAAAACAAAAUUGAAGUGGAGUAUUUGGCAAACAGUUAUGAGAUGGUUUGGAAAACAAACGCAAGAUGAGGCAUUGGACGCUUAGUUGAUUUUUUUACUUGAUGAUAAGAAAUAUUUUGGCAAAUGAAAAUAAAUCCAAAAUAAUAUUAUUUCCGAUAUCCUUUUAGGCAAUUUUUUGGAUUACGUACUUAUGUAUUGAUUAUGAGCAUUUGUAUAUAUAAUGUCAUAUGAUCGGUUUAGAUGGUCUUCAUUUCGUUGAUAAAUUGCGCGCUUAGAUU